AAUUUUACAGAUCGGCAACACUGGCUUGCAGGGGAUUUCCAAUUGUCUCGAAGUACGUCAUGUCUAGUACUACUAUUUUCGGGGAUUUUCAAGAAGUAUUUAUGUGAUGGCAAGAGUGAAAGCACAGAAUCAUUUGAAAGGUGGAAUCAGAGAAGCAAGAUCAGAAUCUAGUUGCCUCCUUAUUCUAACCCAUCGCUGGCAGUACCAUAGAAACUGUACUUGAAAUGGUAUUUUGGCAUGAUGGCUGUGUCUUCAAAACAGGUUUCCAGAGCUGAGUAUGUCAUGCUCAUUCAUGACAAGGAGGUGGCAUAUAAUACCGAUUCAAGCACAAUAUUGAAUAGUAGUCGAUCAGCAUGCCAAAGGCUACUAAGAGGAACGCUUCUUCGUCGUUUGUCACCAUCAAAGCAAGCCAGGAAGAUACGUGUCUCAUCAUUGGAUGAUGACAAUAUGGACUUUGACUGUCACUACUCUGAUAUUUCUCCAUUGCAGGAACUUGAGAAAGAUUUACUCAUUGCUGUAACAUCAAGAGAGGAGAGAUAUAACUUGUAUGCAUUUGAGAGUGACACCUUGGCAUUUGGUUUGAUCUGCAAUUCAGGUGAUUGGGUUCUUGUUAAAGUGAGAUUAGAGGGAAACCAGGUAAAUGUCGCUGGGGUCAUUAGAUACAAAGGAAUACUCCCUAACGAGCGAGGGAUUCAUUUUGGAGUUGAGCUUGAGGAAUACAGGGGAGCAGGAACCACAGAUGGAAUGUUCAGGAACCAUCGUUUUUUCGCUUGCCAAGAAGACUGUGGUGUGUUUGUCCCCAUUACCAAAAUCAAGAAACGCUACAAAGACUUUGACAGAACCAUCAGACACUACAGAAAGAAUGUCUUGGAAGUUGACUCGGCUUUCAGUCCCUGUGACUUACAACACAACCAGAGGGUACAUGUAUUCACUGAUGAAAUGAAGGAGGGUCGUGUUAUAUACUGUGGAAGACCCACUGGUGCCAACAUAGACUUUGUGGGAAUUGAAUUAGAUAAUCCUGUGGAAGCAUCAAUGAGAAGCGAUGGGACAUACGGAAGCGUGACUCUCUUUCAUCCUCAGAAACCUGCACGAACAAUCUUAUGUCCCAAAGUAAGUGUGUUUCCUGUGGACACUCCAGACCAACCAGGGAUUCUCAAUCAGUAUUCUGCAGAACCAAUGGAGAUUUCAACAGACCUGUUUGAUUUCAAUCAAUUCACCUGCGGCAGCCGAGUCUAUAUCGACACACAGCGUGAUGGUACCAAAAGUGGUAAUGUGAUAUGGGUCGGCAAGCCUGAUCAAGAAGUGGAGGUGCAUGUUGGGAUAGAAUUGGACUUUCCAUGUUUAAGGAAUGAUGAAUGUAAUGAUGGGACCUAUCGUGGAAAGAGAUUGUUUAAACCCAAACAUGUUGACAGAACUGUUUUGUUUCCAGCCUCUUGUGUUAUGUCGUAUGAAAGAAGUCUAUCACCAGAGACAGUAAAGGAUUCUUUUAAUGCUACCUCUGCUCCACCGAUUGAAAGACUCAACAGGAUAUGUGACCCUCCCCCAUAUCAGAGACAUCACAGUGAUUCCUUUACUGAGGAUGUUGCCACUGGCUUUGAACAUCUAGCAAUGACUGAUGUUAGUGAUGCCAUCAUGUCCACUUCACCCAGUAAACCACAUUCAGCUCCUCUCGUAGACAAAAAUUCCGUGUUUGGCAAACCUAUAGAUCCUGGAGCAGUACGAGUAAAGAUGCAUGCAAAGCCCUCCUCCACUGGUAACAUACCCACGUCUAUUAAGUACGGACAGACAUCAGCAUUAGAAACUGUUACCAGAGGGACAACUCGUCCCAAAGACUCUGGCUCAAAAACAGUUGCUUUGGCAGAAAGCAAGCGAGAGAAAAGCAAUUGGACUACCAAUAAAUUUCCCCAACGCAACGAGAGUCACUCAAGAAGGAAUGAUGCAUAUCACUCAUCUUCUUCAGAUGUUCCUAGUGUUCAUAGAAAGACAGCAAGUGUCAAAAGUAAUAGAACAACAGGACAGGACCAUGGUAGGAUUGUCAGUAAAUUCACUCUCCUGGAUGAUGUCCUAGGCAAUGUGGCGUUACAUAUACAUGGACAAUGGAAGACGUUAGCCGAGAACUUGGGAAUCAUGAACAAGGAGAUGGCUGAUAUUGUCGGCACCAACUCGUCUUCCAAGGAAUGUGCUAUGGAUAUGCUACGAAGAUGGCGUGAACAGAUGUCAAGCUCUAGGGAUAAACUAGGGCCACUCAUUAAGGCCUGUCAGAAGAGUGAUUUUAAUUAUCUUGCUAAUGAACUAGAACAAGGACUAGACGAGCAAAGGCUGCAUCAUAUAGCAGGCCUGGUCGAUGAGACUGUCUGGAAUGUCCUCGGAGACAGCCUUGGCCUGGAGCGUGACCAUCUAAGCCGGCUCCAGAUGGAGGACCCCCAUCCAAGUCAGAGGGUAUAUAACAUGCUCCUUGACUGGAGACUCACUCUGACCUUUGACACUGAUAAGCCUCUCAUGCUAGCGAAAGGUCUUGGUGACAUUGGUAUGGAUGAACUAGCUAUGGAAGUCUGCAGGGGUCUAACAGCUGAAGUACUUGAAGACGUCGCCAGGGGCGCUAAAGACUUCUGGAAACGUCUUGCAGUGGUGCUGCGCCUGACAACCAGAGAGCUGAAGAAUCUUGAUAAAGGAAAUGAUGACUUUGCUGCUGCAUAUGGAACCAUUUUAAGAUGGAAGAGACGUCAGGAGCCUGAAGGGGAUCUCCUCAGCCUUCUGUCAGAUGCCCUUAGGAAAUGUGACAGGGAAAGCCUGGCAAACAAGGUUGUCAAAGGUAUGGAUGAUACGUUGCUGGAGGUGAUAGCCGACAUGGUGGACGACAAGCAGCACAGUAUCGCCAUCGCUCUGAGUAUCCCCAUGCAGGAGCAGUUUGGCCACAACGAUAGCCGCCACGGAACCAAACCAAGCACACUCAGAUUGCUCCAGUGGUGGCGUGCAAACAGAGCAAUGAAUGAAGAGGACGGACAGAGGAAACUCUUUGAUGUUCUCAUGAAGUAUGGCUACAACGAUGCUGCUGACAUGGUGUUACCGGAGUCCUGCAGACCGCAGGUUCAACCAGAAAGGAUUCCUCCACCAAGAGGACUUGAAGAAGGAAAUGUGCUUGCAAUGAUUGCAAAGAUGCAGUGUUCCACCGGAGAACUUGCACACAAACUGCAAGUACCAGAUAGUGAUGUUCUCAAGAUUCAGAAGCAAUGGCAUGAUGUCUCCAAACAGAAGUUCUUUUUUCUGAGGAAUUGGAUUAACAGGAAUGAAAGUAUUUAUUUGGGGAAUAAUCUUGGAUGGCAGCUGUGUAAAAUAUUGUUGGAAAUGGGAAUGGAUCUUCAUGCAGAAUUCCUUGUUCAUGGAUCCCCAUCCAACAGAAGAUGGUUCGAACAAACAAAAUUUGAAACCUACCAGGAAAAUCAUGAAGAGGAACCAACAUACCCUGCUGCAUAUGAUUACACCCAACACCGUCGCAUAGGAUACGACAAGGAUGUCAUUGUUGUGGAUCGAUCGCCAGAAGCUGAGGCACAGAAGUCGGAUCUGGAUGUGGAAUCAGUGGUCGAGGUGAAGAUCAGAGGGGAGUCCCAUUAUGGUGUCAUUAAAUCUCUCUGUACUCAUCUUAAUUGGCUUGAUGAUCACAUUGCUGGUAUAGAGCUGGAGGAACCAAUCAUCGGUGGCACUGAUGGUAGCUUUGAAGGUACCCAAUACUUCACCUGUGGACCGAGGAAAGCAGUCUUUGUCUACCUAUCUCAAUGUCGACCAGAUUCACGAUUCCCAACCAAUGCUGAUACCUACAGGGUCUUUACAAGAGAAACAAGUCUGGAUUUUGGAAACCAGGAAUCACCCAUCAUUCCAGGCUAUGUGCAGCUUCGUAACUUCCAACAAAGUUCAGUAGGGGAGAACAAAGGAAUCCAAGGAGACCAGAACUCCUGCUACCUAGAUGUGAGCCUCUACAGUAUGUUCUCUUUCAAUACGACCUUUGAUGUCUCCCUAGUAAGACCAAAGGAAGGAAAGGAUGUGCAGGACUUUGAAGAAAUUCAGACAAUACUCAGGGAGAAAAUCGUCAACCCACUCAGAGAGAAUGGGUUUGUACGAGCUGAUCGUGUGCGAGAUCUCCGUCUUCAUCUUGAUAAACUAGGUCUUUUACCAGGAAUGACCAACGAGGAGAAGGACCCGGAAGAAUUUCUUCACAUGCUGGUCAGAGAUGUCUUGAAGGCUCAGCCACUUAUCAAAACAAGGCAUAGUGAUACAAAAGAGAUUGACAGCCAGUAUUUGUAUCAGAUCUUCAUGGAGAAAAAUGAUUCAUUAGAGCUACCAAAGGUUGAACAACUCCUCCAUCAAUCCUUCUUAGACAACGAACUAAAGCUGGUCGAGAUUCCAGAGUGUCUUGUAGUUCAGAUGCCAAGAUUUGGGAAGGAUUAUAAGAUGUAUAGGAGGAUUUUACCCAGUCUAACCAUUGACAUCACUGAUCUACUGGAAAACUAUCCAAGAUCAUGUACUAUCUGUGGGGAGCUGGCCAAGGUGGAAUGCAGAGACUGCAGACCGGAUGAAGAAAUCUCAGAAGAAUUCAUCAAGUCUUACUGCUUUAGUUGUUGUGAUAUGAGCCAUAGCAGUCUCCCAUCACACAGGAUAAAACAGCUCACCCUGAAUCCAGAGGUUGAGAAAGGAUUUGAACUGAUGACCAGAACUGGACAGCAGCUUCAUUUUCAGAGACAAACGAUGGAGCUGUUUGCUGUAGUGUGCAUCCAGACAAGUCAUUAUGUGGCCUUUGUGAAGACUGAGAGGAAACCCACACAUUGGGUGUUCUUUGACAGCAUGGCAGAUAGAGAUGCAUCCACUGUUCCUGGUUUCAACAUCCCCAAGGUUACCCACCUAAAGAACUUUGAAGAAUGGUUGAAAGAUCCUCAGAGGAUCAUCAAUACGCCCGAUGACAAGAAACUUCCAGAACACCUCAGGAGACUCUUAGGAGACGCUUACAUCUGUUUCUACCGGAAGAUAGGAACGGAACAGGCCGAAAGAACUCCUAGGGAAUGGGCCUCAGGGGCAACAAACUAUUGAAUGAAUGAAUGGAUGGAGAAUCAGGAAAGAGAAGCUGUGGAAGAAACGGAAGGAAUCCAGCAUGUCAGAUUGAUGUGGAUGUAGAGAGACGAGGAUGAUCCUCGUCUUUGGCUGGUGAUCUGGUAGGAGAGUGAGACAAUGGUCUGGAAGCCAAGACCCACGAAAGAUGGAGAAUGCUGGGAAACACUCAGUGAAGGAUUGAGAGAAAACAAGUGAAGGGUAGAAUGGCAUUCUGCUUGUUUGCCUUUCUUUAGAUUACAUGAAAAUACAUGUGAUUUCGGUUCUAUAGGAUGAAUGUCUAGUUUUAUACCCAGAUAUAGAGUCAUUCUACUAGCAUUGAUAUAGAGGAAGGAAUUAUAGGAUUAUUCAAAACUAAAAGAUUACUCUUAGUUGAGAAAGAGUGGAAUGGGAAAAGAGGACGUAGAUGAUGUGUAUGGAAAAUGGCGAAGGUAUUAGAUAAGGUAGAUUAAGUGGACGUAAAACUGUUCAUUAACUAUACAUAUUAUCACCACAUAAUGUUGAAUCUAUCAGAAAUUAAGAAUGAGCCAAUAUACAUGUAUCUGCGACAGUAUAAAAUGUUGCACAGUGCAAUUAUUGCGAAAAAAUCAGAAAUGUUUUUGAGGUAUAAUUUGUACACAUAAUUCUUUGUGUGCAGUAGUAGUUCUAGUAUCACUAAUGCAAUCAAUGAAUACAAGGUCCUGUUACAUAAGAGGAGUAAUAAUUAUAAUUGAUAAUUACAAUCAAUUUAUUGGAGAUGGUGUUCGCCUCUACUUAAAAUUAAAAUAAAUUACAAUUCUAUGAUAAAGGGACUAUGCUUUUUAUUCAUGAGAUUUUGAAAUGGUGGGGUAUUGUCUGAGAUAUCUCUCACAUUGUACCAGCUUGAUGGCAGUUUUUCACUAUUAGGGCACUGGAUCUUUGAAAUAUGUAUGUGAACGUUAUUCAGGAAUGGUGCUUUUUGGCUUGAAUUCACAAUGGCAGUUUUGAAAACCAUCGGUUGAACCUAUGGUUUAUGUAGAUUUCCUGUAUAAAUUACGCUUCAUUUACCGCAUAUAUAAAAAAAAUGUCCUUGCUGAUGUGCGCUUUUGUCACAGCGUGCCAAAUGGACGCCUGUUGCCAUGGUUAAGCAAGCUAUUUUAUUCAUGAGUCCACUGUUUUGAAUUGAUGAGUCCACCCUUCAAAACAGUGGACUCAUGAAUAAAUUAGCGUGCACAACCAUGGCAACAGGCGUCCAUUUGGCGCACUGUGAAAAAAGCGUGCAUCAGCAUUGGCCAUUGUUUAUUGCACACGGUAAAUAAGCGUAAUUUAUUCAGGAAAUUGCAUAAAUUGUAGGUUCAAUUGAUGGUUUCAAAACCACCUUUGUGAAUUCGGGCCUUUUAACAUUGCUUGACGACAGACAGGGUGCUGAUGCCUUGGACUCAUGGCUAUAUGUGAGGGGUAAAAUGAUGUUCCUUGUCAUUCAUGUGUUACUGGAACUAUUAGGGCUAUUGUGUACCUUUCAUCAAACGUGAGAUAAAAGGAAACAACAUUCUUAAUACAAUGUGAACACAGGAACUCGGCAGUAAAACAUGCCUCGGAAAAGUGUUAAUUUUGGUGAUUAUGUUGUGGACACAGUGACAAAUAAUCCCUUUUAGACAAAUGUAAACAUCGUAAUUUAGAGUGAAUUACUGCAUAAGCGCUGUGCAGUUUGAGUUUUAUCUGAUGAGAACUGACACAGCACAGUACUAUGUAGAGUUUGAUAAAACCAGCAUGAAAAUGACCAUGGAUCAAGGUAUGAACAGAACCAUAUGAAGAAUGUUUGUCUGUAUUGUAAUAAUAUUUCAUGUGCAAUUACAAACAAGUGCAGAAAGUUGGUAAGUUUUGUAGCAUUAAAAUUCAUUGCUUCAUUUGUUUCAGCCAAUUUUGCACUAAAAAGCAUGAAUUGAUAAAUUAGUAUUGUUUAUUUUCUUUCUCUUUAAGUUUUAGAAAAUUAUUUCAGUUGAAAUUGCCAAUGUUUUUAGAAUAGGUGCUGUUUUCAUCAGUUCAUAACCCCCACCCCUCCUUUAUUUCUAUGAUGUAGAUACAACCAUUUGGGGAAACACCCGUAGUUUUUCAUCUGAAGCAACUGUAAAAUAGUGUACAAACUGUGCAGUAUGCCAAAGUUAUGAUAUGCUGAUACUGGGAGCAGUAUUAGCAAGUGAUCAUAAAGUUAAGCUAAUCAUGGAAUGUAUAAAUCUGAUGUAUAUAUUCAUUCUUCUUCAUGAUUUGCCCAGCUUACACUUAUGUUACUGUGUGCCUACAUUUAUCUUGUUUAGAAGAGCCAACUUUUUCCUGAAUUUCAUUUUGAUAUGAUAAAUUUGAUUUUUAUUUAAAGAUUGCCCAGCUUACACUUAUGUUACUGUGUGCCUACAUAUAUUUUGUUUAGAAGAGCCAACUUUUUCCUGAAUUUCAUUUUGAUAUGAUAAAUUUGAUUUUUAUUU